AGUAAAAGAAGUGGAAAACAAGCAUUGCAGAACAAUGAGAAAGAGGGAAAGAAGGAGCGAGCAAUGGUGGACAGAGUGUUUAUCGCAAGAAUAUGUCGGAUCCUGAAAAUAAUGGUCCCUAGAACACUUUGUAAAGAGACAGGUUACUUGCUGCUUAUUGCAGUGAUGCUGGUAGUCCGUACAUAUUGUGAUAUUUGGAUGAUUCAAAAUGGAACAGUCAUUGAAAGUGCUAUCAUUGGCCGCAGCAGAAAAGAUUUCAAGAAAUAUUUGUUCAACUUCAUCGCUGCAAUGCCUGCUAUCUCUUUAGUGAAUAACUUCCUGAAGUAUGGUCUGAAUGAAUUGAAACUUUGCUUCCGAGUAAGGCUUACCAGAUACCUUUACGAGGAAUAUCUUAAAGCUUAUACAUACUACAAAAUGGGAAAUCUGGACAACAGAAUAGCUAAUCCAGAUCAGCUCCUUACACAGGAUGUGGAAAAAUUCUGCAACAGUGUAGUGGACCUGUACUCAAACCUUAGCAAGCCUUUCUUGGAUAUAGUUUUGUAUAUCUUCAAGCUAACAAGUGCAAUAGGAGCUCAGGGUCCAGCUAGCAUGAUGGCGUACUUGAUUAUUUCGGGGUUUUUCCUUACACGUUUAAGGAGACCAAUUGGCAAGAUGACUAUUAUAGAACAAAAAUAUGAAGGGGAGUACAGAUACGUCAACUCACGGCUUAUUACAAACAGUGAAGAAAUUGCUUUUUAUAAUGGAAACUUGAGAGAAAAACAGACUAUUCACAAAACCUUCCGUAAACUGGUGGAACAUUUGCAUAAUUUCAUCCUGUUCCGGUUCUCUAUGGGUUUCAUUGAUACGAUCAUUGCCAAAUACCUUGCCACUGUGGUUGGUUACCUGGUUGUUAGUCGUCCAUUUUUGAACCUGGCGGAUCCUCGUUAUCAGAAUAGUACUCAUGCAGAACUUUUGGAGGAUUACUACCAAAGUGGAAGAAUGUUACUGAGAAUGUCUCAAGCUUUGGGCAGAAUAGUCCUAGCAGGCCGUGAAAUGACAAGAUUGGCUGGUUUCACAGCUCGGAUUACAGAAUUAAUGCAGGUUCUGAAGGACUUGAAUAGUGGCAAAUAUCAACGUACUAUGAUAUCACAAGAAAAAGAUGCAGAUAAAAAGCAAGCUUUGCCUUUGAUACCUGGAUCUGGAGAAAUUAUCAACACUGAUAACCUUAUCAAGUUUGAUCAUGUUCCAUUGGUGACACCUAAUGGAGAUGUUUUGAUUCAAGACCUUAACUUUGAGGUUCGAUCUGGUGCAAAUGUUCUGAUUUGUGGGCCAAAUGGGUGUGGGAAGAGCUCGCUUUUUCGUGUCCUUGGUGAGUUGUGGCCUUUGUUUGGUGGGCGUUUAACGAAACCUGUAAGAGGAAAGUUGUUCUAUGUUCCCCAGAGACCAUAUAUGACUCUUGGAACACUCAGAGAUCAAGUUAUAUAUCCAGAUACUUUAGAAGAUCAGAGAAAGAAAGGGAUUUCUGACCAGGUGCUGAAGGAGUACUUGGAUAAUGUCCAGUUGGGACAAAUCUUGGAACGUGAAGGAGGCUGGGAUAGUGUUCAGGAUUGGAUGGAUGUACUCAGCGGGGGAGAAAAACAGAGAAUGGCAAUGGCAAGGUUAUUUUAUCAUAAGCCUCAAUUUGCAAUUCUGGAUGAAUGCACCAGUGCUGUUAGCGUUGACGUAGAAGGCUACAUUUACAGCCACUGCCGAAAGGUUGGCAUCACUCUCUUCACUGUCUCGCACAGAAAGUCACUCUGGAAACAUCAUGAUUUUUACUUGCAUAUGGAUGGCAGAGGAAACUACGAGUUCAAGAAAAUAACUGAAGACACAAUUGAAUUUGGAUCUUGAAGUUAUGAACUGAACUGCUGCAGAGACUGAUGAUUACAGGAAUUGUGUAGAAUGGCAAACACUGUACGAUACAACUACUCAGCUUGGUUUUUUAAACGAAAUAACUAGGAUAACCCAAAACAAGCUGUUAAACAUUUACUUUUAUGUAGGAUAUUGCUAAUUGUGUAUAUGUUGGUUUAAUUAUUGAUAUGUACUAAGAAUGUCCUUAUUCUUGUGGUUUAAAAACCUGCCUAAAUUAAAUUGGGCUUAAAUCAGUGUAAUCUGAUUCAUCCUGGGAUGCAAACCAUUUGAAAUCAGCUGAUUUGACUUUUGUAGACCUUCUUUCCCUUCAGUGAAAAGCCCUGUUAAAAUUAGGGUUGCUACCUCCUCGUUCCUGCAAAGCAGUCUUGGAUUUUUGCUCUGUUCUAUGCAUAUUUCUGAGUUCUCACACGGUGCAGGACAUUCUCCCAUCUUAAGAUCUGUGCCCUGUUAAAUGGAAGAGCCUUUUCCUUGACCAAGCCUUGUGAUGUAGGCAGUAUGCUCUUGCUGAUAAAGGAUGGACUGAACUUAAAAGACAAAACUAAUUCCUUCUGUAAAAAAAAUUAAGCUUGUUCUUUGCUGGGUUUUGGAUUCUCUUUAACAUCUGUCUGUCCAUGAAGUUCUCUGCUGCUCAGCAAUCCCAGUCUCUCUCAGUUUAGCAAGAGCUUCAUCCAUCCCCCACCCCAGCUGCCCUUUUUCUGUCAGAGAAAUACUAUGGUAAUCAGUUGAGAGGAGGUUGAGGGAGGAAAGGACUGACACAAAAAUAAAAAAGAGGAAGAGGGGGGAAUAAAGGUGAUAUUCCUUGUAUUAAAGA